UCGGUGAAAAUUCAUUCCUAAUCGUUAAAAUUCUUUUGACAGUCGUAAUUUGCAUUUCUUUGUGUCUUGAUAUCUUUCGUGGUUAUUUCAACCGAAAUAAUGUGUAAUUUCAAUAAUUUGAUAUUUUUUGGAGUGAUUUUGUUGAUUUGUGCAUCGACAGGAAAUUGUUUGAAAUGUUAUAAUUGCACGACAUCGGAUGAUAAAUCUGGUUGUGAUCAGCCAACUGUUGUAGAACAAAAUGAUACGGAUUCUGAAAAACAAGUGUGCCUUACAAUUGAGUACACCAGAUCAAAUGAUUCUAGCUCAAAAUUCACCAUGAAGAAAAUAUUCGGCCUAUCUCCAGAAAAGAAUAUUACCGAGGCUUGCGAAUUAUUCAAGAAUAUUUUAAAUAUCGCUGAAAGUGUUAAGGUGUUACAGAAAGAGCAAGUGUCAAAAGUUAUGGGUAAAUGUGAUCCUUGUAAUACAGAUCUAUGUAAUGCUCCUCCGGCAUCACCCCAGCAGCCUUCGUCUACUUCGACACCGGGAACUUCUUCAUCCAGCAUUUCCAUACGACUUCAACAGUCAAGUAUUGGAUUCGCAAUGGCAGGAAUAUGGUUAAAUUUUUACAAAAUGCAUUUUUUGUAGAAUAAUAAUUAUAGCUAUUUAAACAUUUUUCACAAUCGGAAAUUCAAUACAUAUGUUUGCCCUUGCAAAA